AUGGGCUCGGACGUGCGGGACCUGAACGCGCUGCUGCCCGCGGUGCCCUCGCUGGCCGGCGGGGGCGGUUGCUCGCUGCCAGUGAGCGGCGCAGCGCAGUGGGCGCCGGUGCUGGACUUCGCGCCCCCGGGCGCCCCGGCCUACGGCUCCCUGGGCGGCCCCGCGCCGCCGCCCGCGCCGCCGCCCCCUCCGCCGCCGCACUCGUUCAUCAAGCAGGAGCCGAGCUGGGGCGGCGCCGAGGCGCACGAGGAACAGUGCCUGAGCGCCUUCACCGUGCACUUCUCCGGCCAGUUCACCGGCACGGCCGGGGCCUGCCGCUACGGACCCUUCGGGCCCCCGCCGCCCGGCCAGGCGUCCUCAGGCCAGGCCCGGAUGUUCCCCAACGCUCCCUACCUGCCCAGCUGCCUGGAGAGCCAGCCCGCCAUCCGCAACCAGGGGUACAGCACGGUCACCUUCGACGGGACGCCCAGCUACGGCCACACGGCCUCCCACCAUGCCGCACAGCUGCCCAGCCAUUCCUUCAAGCACGAGGACCCCAUGGGGCAGCAGGGCUCGCUGGGCGAGCAGCAGUACCCUGUGCCGCCCCCAGUCUACGGCUGCCACACGCCCACGGACAGCUGUUCCGGCAGCCAGGCGCUGCUGCUGAGGACGCCGUACAGCAGUGACAACUUAUACCAGAUGACCUCCCAGCUCGAAUGCAUGACCUGGAACCAGAUGAAUCUGGGGGCCACCUUGAAGGGAGUUGCUGCUGGGAGUGCCAGCUCGGUGAGAUGGACGGAAGGCCACAGCAACCACAGCGCAGGGUACGAGAGCGAGAGCCACACGACGCCCAUCCUAUGCGGCGCCCAGUACCGGAUCCACACGCACGGCGUCUUCCGGGGCAUCCAGGACGUGAGGCGCGUGCCCGGUGUGACCCCCACACUGGUCCGGUCGGCCUCUGAGAGCAGUGAGAAGCGCCCCUUCAUGUGCGCUUACCCAGGCUGCAACAAGAGGUACUUCAAGCUGUCCCACCUGCAGAUGCACAGCCGGAAGCACACGGGUGAGAAACCGUACCAGUGUGACUUCAAGGACUGUGAGCGAAGGUUUUCGCGCUCUGACCAGCUCAAAAGGCACCAGAGGAGACACACAGGUGUGAAACCAUUCCAGUGUAAAACUUGUCAGCGAAAGUUCUCCCGCUCCGACCACCUGAAGACCCACACCAGGACUCAUACAGGUAAAACAAGUGAGAAGCCCUUCAGCUGCCGGUGGCCGAGCUGUCAGAAGAAGUUCGCGCGCUCCGACGAGCUCGUCCGCCACCACAACAUGCACCAGAGGAACAUGACCAAGCUGCAGUUGGCGCUCUGAGCGGACAGACAGCGCUGCGGCCGGGCCGAGCUGCUUCCGGCUGUGCGUUUGAGCUCCCUCCUCCCUCACCUCUCUGAGGAGGACCUGGAGCUGCCCCUCCCCUCGCAUCUGGCUCCCCAGACCCCAGACGCCCAGACCCCCAGGUUUGCCAGAGGAGCUGUCUUUGCUCUGCCAGCCUUUAGCUGGCCUGGAGGCCCUUGGAGGGAGGUGGCCUCUGCAUCCCAGCCGAGAAAAGCGUGAUGCCACUUGGUUGGGGUUUUCCGCUGUCAGAACCAUUGCUGAUAAGGUGCCCUUCUCCCUUUAGGCUCAUUUUCACUAGGAAUGGCGUGAUUGUAUGGUUUCCUCUCCUGGGAUAUUUAUAGGCCAGGGCAUGUGUCCGUGUCUGCUAAUGUAAACGUCGUCAUGGUUUCCAUUUACUAACAGCGAGAAAUAAAUCAGUGAAGCGGCGGGCGGGUCUCCACCAACUCCCGGCCAGGCGGGCUGCCAGCCCAGGCAGCAGGAGGCAGCUCUGCGCUCCUGCGUCUCAGGCAGCCCGGAAGGCAUCGGAGCCAACUGGUUAGCGCAGCGCUCACUUCAGCACGGCCCCAUAGGAAGCUGCUUGCAGAUUCCGUUUCAGCAUUUUUCUUUUGACUUAGUCAUCAGAGAUGUACAGAAAUCCUCACACAAAGAAGCGGGGCUCCCUUUGUCACUUGGGGUGCCCUUAGAGUGUGCAGACCACACUGGCUGAGUGGCUUCAAGCUGUAAAAUUUAAGUGACUUUGAAAGAAAAUGGAGGCUGGCCCAGGGCUCCACGGUGGAGGCCGUUCUUGAGUAACGGGUGGCUGGGGGCACACGGACGUGGGGAGACUUCCAGUUGGGGGAGUCAGUGGCCACUGGUGGUAGGGUGUGUGUGUGUGUUUGAGCGUGUGUGUUGUUUUGUCUUUUAAGGGCAGGAGUAUAUUAUUUGCUGUUGCUUGAACAUACUGUGUAAAUAUAGAUCCGAUGAUGAUUUCCUCUUCGAUGACUAACUUAGGAAGUGUAUAAAUACUAGGCCUCACUGUCAGUGUUGAUCUUAACGGCAUACUGAUGAUGACACUAAGCUUGUAACCUGCAUUCUCACACUGCUCUGAUUAAAGUCUCUUCAAAAAGCCA